GCAGUGGCAACACUAAAUCAAUCGAUGACAGCGACUGAUUUUCGCUGUGUUCUCGGGUGACGACAUUUUGUCAAUAAUUCCUAAACUUGUUGGGAUUGUAGUAUAUUUCUUUAGUAUUUAGUGUGUUUUUAAGCCACGAAAAUGGCUGAUAAUGAACAGAAAGCAAUGCAGUUGAUGGCAGAGGCGGAGAAAAAGUUGAGUUCAUCUAAGACCUUUCUCGGGUCACUUUUUGGGGGAUCAUCAAAGGUGGAAGAAGCUGUAGACUGCUAUCUACGCGCUGGCAACCUGUUCAAGAUGGCUAAGAAAUGGGCACAAGCUGGGCAGGCAUUCUGCAAUGCGGCGCAGCUGCACUUGAAGGCUGGUGUCCGCCAUGAUGCUGCCACCAACUUUGUUGAUGCUUCCAACUGCUACAAGAAGUGUGAUGCCAAUGAGGCAGUCUCAUGUCUGUUAAAAGCAAUUGAGAUCUACACUGACAUGGGCCGUUUCACUGUUGCAGCUAAGCAGCAUCAGAACAUAGCCGAGCUGUACGAGACCGAGUGCGUGGACCUGGCGCGCGCCAUGCAGCACUACGAGCAGGCGGCUGACUACUUCCGCGGCGAGGAGUCUACCUCCUCCGCCAACAAGUGCAUGCUCAAGCUGGCGCAGUACGCGGCGCAGCUCGAGCACUACGACAAGGCCGUGCAGAUAUACGAGCAGAUCGCCAAGUCGUCCCUGGACAACAGCCUGCUGAAGUACAGCGCCAAGGAGUACAUGUUCCGCGCGGCGCUGUGCCACCUGUGCGUUGAUGUCCUCAACGCGUCGCACGCCAUCGAGAAGUACUGCGGGCUCUACCCCGCCUUCGCUGACACUAGGGAGUGCAAGCUUAUCAAGGAAUUGAUCGAGCACCUGGAAGACCAGAACAUCGACGGAUUCACCGAGGCGGUAAAGAACUACGAUAGCAUAUCGCGACUCGACCAGUGGUACACGACCAUGCUCGUGCGCGUCAAGAAACAGAUCAACGACAACCCCGACCUGCGUUGAAUCCGCACCACCGUCGCCGCACAUGUUAGGUUUGUGUGCUGUAGCUAGGUAGAUUUGUGAGCGUUUCCACCUUUUUUUUACACCACAAUAGGCAAAUAAUCAAAGUACCACAUAUAAAACCCAACUCAACUGGAUGAGCUAUCUUGCUAUGUUUCGCCGGGCCGUGUAAAGCGGUGGGUACCGUUAACUAGGAUAUCUGCUGAUAAGUAAGACUGCAAGGCGCUGUCAACUGUUGAAGGCACGAGACGAUAUAGUAUAAAUGUGCCCUAAACCUGGGAUUUACUUUUAAACCACGUCGCCUUAAAACAGCGUAGUGCGAUGUUUUUACCGCUUAUCUAUGUCUGUCCGCAGCGGAGAAUUUAUAUUUUAUUACCAUUAUUUUACUAAGACGGUGGAAAUGCUCGUGAAUUUAUUUCAACAACAUCUAUCUAAUAUUAAUCAGUAAAAUGUAUUUAAAAUAUUUGUGUAACAACGUUUUACGCUAGAUUUUUUUACAUUAUAUUUAGGGACCGGUAUUAGAUAGUGUGUUGUAAUGUUACAGUCUGUUUCGAUGUAAAAGCCUUAUAGAACUGCGCGGUAUUUGGAAUCGUAUGAAGUCCUCCGAGUAUUAACUACUGAGACUAACUAAUUAGUGCGAAUUAAAUUACGUAUAUUACUAAAUACCGCAUAGUAUUUAAAAGCUAGGCACACAUUUAAAAUUCAAGACACACAAAACAAUAACACUACAUAAUAUAUGCACUUAAAAUUUCAACAGGUAUGUUAAUGUUUGUUUUGAAUUUUGGAUUUGUACAUACAUAAAAGCUGUGGUUUAUUAUAAAUUAUGCGAUCGUAAUUUUAAUUAUAAAAAGGAAUUUGUGGUAAAGUAAUCGGAAUGGAAAUGUGGGAUAUCAUGCGAAAGCAUAACGGAAUUGUAGUAACGUUUUGAAAUUGAUUGGUUAGAUCAAUGUGUGUGACCAAAAGUCGUACAUAUAAAAGUAGGCUGAAUAAUAAAAUCGCGAUACAUUGUAAGUCUCUGUUUGGCAAACGUCAAACUUUCCCAUACUUAGUUAUGAUUAUGAGACAGUUGUAGACCUUGCUUUUCAUUCCUUUUAUAAGGUAUUGCUCAAAAGAGCACACAUCGAAGCGGCGACGCGGCUUGACAUGUUACUGUAGAACAUUAGUGCUAUUCCAUCAUUUAUCUAAUCUCUACGUUACACUACGCCCCAUUACGCUUUUAAAGCUCGUGUCCUUUACAAAGGACAGGAUUUUUACGUGUCAUUUAUAAAUGAUAAUGAUCAACUCGAGUCCAUAAUUCAAUAUACUCGUAAAUAUCAGUAUGCUUUUAAUAGACGCGAGACUUUAGGACUAGAGGCUAUUUGGUAAGAUUGAAUGUAGUCAACGUUCCUUUUAGUUUACGAAUAGUAAUGUACAAACGGUUACUUAGCAAGUUUACCGACGCUUUACUGCUGACUGUAAAACAUCGCUAGAUGAGUUGGUCAGUGUCUACCGACCGUAGCAAUAAUAGUCAAGAGUCGCUUGGCGAAAUACGCCUAGUUUUUUUACUAUCAAAGGCCUGCUAAUGCUGAUCGAUAUCGUACAGUCGCCAUCAGAUAUAUCGGGGCGGCCGAGGUGUUAGAAAAUAUCUGAACACGCUUCUAUUGUCAAGACGUUAGAGUGUGUGUUCAGAUAUUAUUGAGCACUUCGGCAGCUCCGAUAUUUCUGAUGGUGACUGUACAUAGGUUAGUAUAAAUACUUACCCCCUUAUUCAUAAACGUCUACUAAAGUUAACAAGCCGCUAAUAAUAGUUUGUCUCUUUCCGACGUAUUGGUAUGAUGGAAAGGGACAAACGAUUAUUAGCGGCUUGUUAGCUUUAGUAGACGUUUAUGAAUAAGGGGGUUAGUGUAUAAUAGAUGUCUUAUUUAAAGGACUUUGCAUUUACAGUCAGUUUUACGAUAGAUGUUGGUUAUCAAAAAAUUGUAUGUGUAAGACGCAAUAUUUAAGAUUUAUUAAGAGUGUAUGUACGUAUUAUCAUAAAUAAUUUCACUUUUGAUCGUAAUAAAAUAAAUUGUCGAAGUACAUAUAUUGUUUUUUCUCACUGCAGUCAUACAACUCGAUCUAAUAAGGUUAGCCUUUUGUGACUGCAGUAUGGGAACAGCAUUACAUAAUGGUUACUGCUUUUCUGCCAUACACUCAAUCAUAGUAUUUCACAUGUUUAUUAGCUGGCGAAAAAUAUUGAAAAAAUUGAGGUGUUUAAGGAUUUGGUUUAGACUGGAGUCUUGAGUAAAGCCUGACCAGUAAUAUAUGAUCAGAUUAUCUCUCGCCAUAUUGCGGAAUUUCAUUGAAACUAAAUUUUUCAUAGGGACCGUGUGCGUUGGAGGCUCUGCCGUCUUGUGGCCUGAAUCGGAACCAUAAACAAGCACAUUUACACGUCACGUGUUUUCUUGUGCAUAGUAGGUUCUGCCAUCUUGUGGGCUACAUCGGAACAAAAAACAUCACAUUUACGCCUCGCGCCAAAAAUCCGACGGCUCCUGAGUUGCCUCCUACACGCCUACAGUUUAUGCACGCUCCCUAUACUAAACUGAACUGUCAACCUCUUGACAAUAAUCAUAUAUUUCUGGUCGGGCUUUAGGUAUAAAUUUAAACAAAAUCGGUAUUGUAUUGGGACGUCUUAUCCGUUUUUCUUUUACUUGUUGUUGAAUUUAAUAAAUCACCAAUUAAACAAUCCAAGAAGAUACCGAAUAUUGAGAAGAAAUUACCAUGAUUUAACAAUAAUGAGGAUUUAAAAGGGACAACAAUGUUUAAUAAUAAUAACUAUAUAUCCCAUGAUAUGUCAUUCGCCAUAAUUGUAAUGAUAUUUUUACCAAUCAUUUAAAAAUAGCCUCAGAAAUACUUGAAGAAUACUGAUUACUUAUGGCUUAUAAUAAUUAUUAUGGUAUUUGGAAUUCUUGACGUUAGAGUGGUUCCUGAGCGAGUGAUUUUCUAUUAGUUUGAUGAUUUUGGUAAAUAGUGUAAUGUAGAGGUAUUAGUUUUUGCUGAUCUAGAUAUAAUCAAUAGAAUGUAAGCAGGGAAAAUUUUUUAAAUCAUCAUAUGACACAUCUAACUUUCCAUUGUCCAGAGAUAUUUGGGUGUCGGUACUUAUAUUAUAAAGACGUACCGUCAACCGGGGUGAAUAGGGAUAGCUGGGUUGAAUAGGGACAGCACAUAAAAUGUGAUUUUUCUGACAAUUUCGUUGAAAAUACUCACAAAUUGUAUCAUACGAAACCUACUAUUAUUUUUAAUCGAAUGAUAUAAUUUGUGUAACUAUUUUUUGAGAGAUUGUCAGGUAAACUACAUUUUAAGUUUUGCCCCUAUUCACCCCAGCCGUCCCUACUAAUCCCGGUUGACGGUAUGUAAUUAAAUACAGCCAGCCACAGACAAUUUCGUAACGGACUUGUGAAGACAGUGAAGUCACGUCACUUGGACUUAAAUAUGCAAUGAAUGUUCAAGAAGUGCAUUGGUUCAUAUUAGAUAGAGCACAGUUAUAUCUGUCGACACCUAUGUCUGGCUAUAUAUAUUUAUUGAGUACACAUAGUUUUGAGUAUAACUUGUUUAUGUCGUUAUUAAGCCAUACCAAAUUGGCCGUUUUUGUAUUGUACAUAUUUAUUUUAGUGCUUAGACAUAGAUUAAUGUGUCCCUAAUAUUGGGUUAUUUUCAAUUAGCACUCAAACGUAAAGUUUCGGUUUUUUCAGGUGGCACCAAAUUAUAAAAAAAAAUAUAUAAUAUGGUGUUGACUGCACAACCUCUAAACGUGACCGUUAUAAUAACUUACAAAACUUACCAAAAUAAAUGGACAUACCUACGCUAUUUGUUAAAAUAACCCAUAGGUAAGCAUGAGUUUACUAAAUCGAUCUAGUAAUAUUUUGGGGGCCUAUUCUCAAUAUAGACUAAACGGAUUGAAACGAUCGAAUAACGAUCUACCUUUUGUUAUUAUUGUAAAUAUUAUCGUUUCGUUAUCUAAUAAAUUUUAUAUUUUAUUUGUUUAGUUUAUUUUUUAUUUCCUGUUUGUUGGUUAAAUUUUAUACAAGCUAGUGUGUAUUCAUAAUGUAGUAGCUAAGGUCGCAUAGGCACUUGUGAUCGGCCAGUGUGUAUGUGACCUUAGGGUUAAGAACACAAGCUAAAUUCUAACGCAUGAUCAAAUAUUAAAAAAAAUAUUAUUCCAUUUGGAAGGAAACCAGUGAUCACGCGAAAGAACAUAGCGUGUGCUCAUACGUAAAAUGUAAGAUGUAUUACAACCGAGUGUGCACAUCUCAAGAAGCAACAUACUGUUGUGUCCGCUGCUCAAAUAAGUCGCAUUACCGUAUAAUAUUGCUUGAAUUCAUCCGAACACAUAUUAACACAAAGUUUAAAUUCGAACACAUUUUAUCACGCUCAAGCAUCAUCAUUAGGUACAUUACGAGAUGAGAUUGUUUCACUUUGGACAUAAAUGCGAUCAGCCUACUAGUGUAGAGGGCCUACCGCGAACAUCGGAAAUAUAAGUUUCGGUACUCUAUCUCUUGCUUACAUAUUCAGGUAAAUUCAAUUUGCGCUGUUCGGGGUAGGCCCUAGACUACCAUGCGCAGUUAUGUCUGAUAUAUAGCAGUCCUUCCGUACGAAAGUGCCACUGGAACAAGAUUGUUAGGUAAAGUAGUGAAGCACAUGUGAACACAACUCUUGAGAUCGAACACUGGUUGUAUUUCAAUUAUUUACGGAGAGAAUACCGUUUAAAUUCGCCUUAAUGUAACUUAGGCUUACUUUUUGGUAAAACAUAGAAUAGUUCAAGAUGUCGUGUCUUAUUAAAACAAAGGACAUAAAAACAUAAUGAAGAACAAGAUAAUUCAUAGUCCAGUCGUUUGAAGGCCCCUGUCGAAAUAAUGAGCUGUUAUAUGCGCUCACCUUAUUUAUGGGCGGUAGUAUACUUAAUAAAUUAGGAGUAAUGUUCGUGCUUACCAAAACAUCGAAAAAACUAUUGCAUAAAUCAUAGCUUAUAGAUAAAUUAGCGCAAUUAACUUACUUUUAACUGCCUAUUUUGUGUACCUACUCGUAUCAUUUUGUCUAAUACAUAGGUACUAUGUAAAAUUGUCAUUUUUACAUUACACAGUAAAAUCGUGAUUAGAAACCUCAAUACAUCUCAAUUGCAACAUUACCCAGUUAGCAUGAUUGCAUUAAUGUCUAACAUGAUGCGUUUGUCUCUAACUACCUACUACGAGGUACCUAAAAUGCAAGAGAGUUCGGGGAAACUUUAUUGUAGAGACAUUAUUUCAAUAAUAGCGCAAUAACAACGGUAGAAAUUCUAGAAAAAGCAUGACGUGCUCUUUACGUCGUACGGCGUACCUAAGUGGCGAAAGUUUUGAAUGAGAAGCACGAUGAAAGCACUAGGUCAGGUACCUUCAGGUAUCUUAGGGCCUACCGCGAAACACGUUCGACGUAUUGCCUCUCUGUCGCAAUUGUAAAUUCGUACGUGUGACACGGAGCCAACACGUCAAACGUGGUUCGCAGUAGGCCCUCUCAUCUAGAUGAUUUAUCAACGUUCUGAUGAUUUUGUUCCCCAGUAGUCAAGGUUGAUCACGCGUUUCAGCUCUUAUUUCGAUUGCAUGGAGGUUUCUAAGCGACAAACUUUUACCUUUUACGAUUGGAUAGUUAGCUACUUAUAGAAAAACCUUCCAUACAGGGGUGUGUAUUACUCGUACACUCUUGCCGACAUCAAAGUGGCCAAAUUUAUAACGUAACACACCUUUGUUAACAUUAAAAUAAGGUUGCGUAUUUGGGUACUUUGGCUGUCGCUAUUUGAUUUGAUGCCGACUGUACCUACAUGUAAUUGACACCGAAGUGUAUAGUCAUCUGUAGGUACGUACCUAUGUAAGUUACGCUAAUUUGCUUAAAGGUGAAUUCAUAAUAUGGAUAAUACAAUCCGCCCCUUAUUGUCUUAACAAAUGGCUCUGUCAUGUUUAAAAUACUUUUUUUCUGAAGUGGUUCUUACAACAUUAGCUUCUGAUUAGGUAUUAGAAUGUAUUGUUAUGUACCACAUCAAGAGCGCAGUCCCGCCAGUCUUGUUUCCUUUUGCGAUAUUAAACUUCCAUUUGAUCGUGUCAGUUUAAAAUUAAAAGACGUAAAAUGGAGACUGGUAAGUAGAGAUUUAUAUUUUAAUGCUGCUGGAUUUAUUGAUACUAUGAUCAAAGUUCAAAGAAGACAAAAAUAAGUGUCUGAAGAAACUUAAACAUAUAAAAACGAAGCUAACAGAGUCAUAUUUUAAAUUUACCCUAAUGAUUCUUGAAGAGACUUCUGUUUCCUGUUUGUUUGGCAUCUUAUUGCAUAUGUUAAUUGGCACAUGCUAUUAAAUACCUACCUUGGACGCAUAUUCUAAUUCGACUUUUUUUGUUACUGUGUCAAUGGGUCAAUAAAAUUCGCGGGUAUUCGAAGUUGUUAACUAUUAACUUUGCGGCUUAAUCUUAACCACCAUGCAGUUAUGGUGGCAAUUUACUAAGUGGGUACCUAUAUACCUACUAUGAACGCCAUUAAAUGACCCAACCUACAAUGUUCUUGUUUUAAUAAAACAAAUGAGAUGUUUAAACUCCAGUUUAGAAUUAAUCUUUCCAUUAAAUACGGUAACCAUAGCAUCGGAAGUUAAUUGUAUCGGCACACUGAUAAAUUGAUAAUCGUUUAAUGUAUAAAUAAAGAGUUAAUACGG